AUGGCUCCUCUCUUCAAAAUUACAGCUUUCUUGGGCCUUUCUCUCCUUGUUGCCUCACAAGGCACUCAAUUCAUUACGGGACCAUGCCAAUCCGACGCCGAAUGCGCCUCAGGGUGCUGCGGGUUCAACACUGGAAAAUGCGCUGGGCCGGUCGUUGCCCAGCAGCGGGAUGGAGGCUGCGGCUUUGGUGACCCCACACCCAACGCCAACGCUGCAAUUGCUCUCGGAUUCCAACCCCAAUCGAGCACCCCCGCACAAGCUCUAGCAGCACCUGCCCCAACCACGCCUGCCCCUUCGGGAGCCAAUGGAGCUGGAAACGGCCAAGGCACGCAAUUCAUCACUGGAGCAUGCACGUCUGAUAAAGACUGUGGUUCUGGAUGCUGCGGAUUCAAAACUGGAAAGUGCGCCGGUGCGGUUGUUGCACAGGAACGUGAUGGAGGAUGCGGUUUCGGAGACGCCCAACCGAAUGCAAAUGCUGCAGCUGCACUUGGAUUCACCGGCACUCCGGGUGGUGGCGCGGCCGCUCAGGCUCAGGCUCCAGCAGCAUCAGCGGCUCCGGCACCUGCUGCUGGAAAUAAUGGCAAUGUCGGUACUGGGACACAGUUCAUCACUGGACCUUGCACAUCAGAUGCCGACUGUGCGUCAGGGUGCUGUGGCUUCAAAUCUGGCAAAUGUGCCGGCGCGAUUGUGGCCCAGGAACGCGAUGGAGGAUGUGGAUUUGGUAAUCCUGAGCCGAACGAUAAUGCCGCGCAGGCGCUGCGGGGGCAAAGGCUUGGAAAGAGGGGUGUUGUUUACUGGAUGUAA